AUUUCGUCAUGAAGGGGGCGUUCACUGUCGUGUUCCUGUGUUACAUAAACAAACGGAUCCGUGACCGUGACCGUGUGUCUGCAGCGACAGAGAGGGACCAGAAUAAAGCACAGGCAGGCUGGACAGAAAUAUGGCGGCUUCCCUGCUGAGGAUUGGACGGCUGAGCUGUGUGAAGCAUUUGCAGGCUGAGGGCUGGAUUUCCCUGAGGGCAGCACCCACAGCUGUAUCUUUUGGCACCAAAUCUGGGGGUUCCAACAAGUCAAAAAAGAACAACACAGACAAAAACCAGGCUAAAACAUACUUUGAUAUAGAGAAACUUGUUCAGCAUAAGCCAUACGAGUUUUCCAAGAAGGAAGCUUCUCCAGCAGCAGCAGCCAUUGCAGCACAAGAAGCUGCAGCCAUAGCUGCUGCUACACCAGUUGCAGAGCCCACACCCUCUGCUGUUGCAACCACUCCUAUGAUGGAACUCACCAUCCCAGUGGUUACGGCCACUCCCACUUCUGAAGCUAUCCCCGAGCCUGCUCCAGCAGCUGAAGCCACACCUGUUACUGAAGCUGUAGCUGCUGCCAAAUCUGUCUCUGAAUCUGCCCCAGCAGGUGCACCUGUCGCUGAAGUUGUCCUAAAAGCAGAACCAGUGGUUAAGGUUGAAGCUGUUAUUGACGCUACUACAUCUAUAGCUGAAGAUGCAUCUAUUGUUGACACUGUUGAUGGAGCAGCUGGACAUGUAGCUGAAGUUGUACCUGUUGUUGAAGCUGCUGCACCUACUGAUGAAGCUGCUCCAGCAGCACCUCUAGAGGAAGCAACACCUACAGAAGCUCUUAAUCAGAGUGCUCAUGCAGAAACUACAGCAGUUGUGGAAACGGCACCUGAAGUUUCCACUGCUGAACCCCUGAUAGAAGCUGCCCCUCUAGAAGCAGCUCUGGGGCCUGUAGCUGAAGCUGUACCAGUUGUUGAAGCAGCUGCACCUACUGAUGAAGCUGCUGCACCUACUGUUGAAGCUGCUCCAGCAGCACCUCUAGUGGAAGCAGCACCUUCAGAAGCUCUUAAUCAGAGUGCUCAUGCAGAAACUACACCAGUCAUGGAAACCCCACUGGAAGUUUCUACUGCUGAACCCCUGGUAGAAGCUGCUGCACCUACUGAUGAAGCUGCUGCACCUACUGAUGAAGCUGCUGCACCUACCUUUGAAGCUGCUGCACCUACUUUUGAAGCUGCUCCAGCAGCACCUCUAGUGGAAGCAGCACCUACAGAAGCUCUUAAUCAGAGUGCUCAUGCAGAAACUACACCAGUCAUGGAAACCCCACUGGAAGUUUCUACUGCUGAUCCCCUGGUAGAAGCUGCUGCACCUACUGAUGAAGCGGCUGCACCUACUGAUGAAGCUGCUGCACCUACUUUUGAAGCUGCUCCAGCAGCACCUCUAGUGGAAGCAGCACCUUCAGAAGCUCUUAAUCAGAGUGCUCAUGCAGAAACUACACCAGUCAUGGAAACCCCACCUGAAGUUUUCGCUGAACCCCUGGUAGAAGCUGCUCCUCUAGAAGCAGCUCUGGGGCCUGUAGCUGAAGCUGCCAUUGGAGAAGCUGCCCAAGAGCUUGUGGCUGAUGCUGCCCCUGGAGAAGUUUGUGCACCCCCAGAGAGUAUUGAAGAGCUGGUGGAUCCUGCUCCAGUUGUGGCUGAUGGAGAGGAGCAGAAAGCCAAGGCUGCAGCUGAACCUGCUGAUCCUUCUGAGGCUCAAAUGGACCCAAUUCAGAAGCUUUUCUUGGACUCGAUACGCCAGUACUCUACAAAAAGCCAGGCUACCCAGGGGCUAGUUGAUGCAGGCUUGGAGUAUGAAAAGGCUUUGGCUGAGGAGAUAGCAAAGCUGCAGAGAAUCUAUGGUGGCGGAGACCUCACUUCUUUCCCAACAUUCAAGUUCACAGAGCCCACAUUGGAUGAAGUUUCCCAGAAGUGAACAGAAGUACUUUUCAAGUGAACUUUUUUACUGUCGGCUUUUCCUCUCCAUCUGUGCUUCGUAGUGGACCGUGAGCAGUCUGCAUAGUGUUCGUGCUAACAGCCACUGCCUCUAGAUUUGUAUGUAAAGAGCAGUUUCUAUAGAUUUGCAUGGGAAUGACAGCUGGAGUAAUACACGUAGACGUGCAGACAAUGUAAUCUUUGUGUAGUGUUAAGGAAAACAAUAAAUUUCAUGCCAUA